CACCUGCAUGACCUCACAUGAUCAGAAGAAGCUCAGGUGGUGAUUUUACUGAGAAUUUGAGAGGGAAGACAUCAAAUUAAGAAUUGGCCUCCUCUGCAUGAUGCAGCAGGCAAACUCUUACUCUGAGUCUCGGAGAUCCAUUUCCCUAUUUCCAUUAAAAACUCAACCCAGAUGUGAUGAAACCACCAACAGCAUGGUGUCGGUCAAGCCGAAGGAGUAUCUGGUCCAGGAGACGUUCCUGCCCCCUGCUCCAUCUGAGUGAUUCCCAGCACUUCCAGGCCAGAGAGGAUGCCUCACCUCUCCAGAACAAUAAUUCACACACGAGGUGAAAAGCCACAGCGGCCCCGGGACGCACUGACAGAAAGAAGGCUGCUGAGUGCAGGUGCCACCAGCAGGCAGGAGGGUGAAGUUUCAUAUCCAAGGACACAACUGGCACGGAUGGAGCCUGGAUUGGAACCGACAACCCUGCAGGCAUCAUGUCUGUGCUGCGGCAGGAGAACGUGUACGAACAACGGUAUUCAGACUGAGUGACACAUCGUCGACAGCAUGUUGAGGAUGCAGCCCCCUGUGAACUGUUGCUAUGGCGACAGUCAAACCAACAAAGGCCGUGGUUUUCAAAGCACCUUGGAUCUGACGGAGCUGAUUGGUGUUCCUCUCCCCCCCUCCGUCUCAUUCGUCACCGGGUUUGAGGGUUACCCUGCCUACAGCUUUGGCCCAGACGCAAAUGUGGGCCGGCUCACAAAGUCAUUCAUCCCUGAUCCGUUUUAUCAUGACUUUGCCAUCACGGUCACGGCCAAACCAACCACGCGGCGCGGCGGUGUGCUGUUCGCCGUCACUGAUGCUUAUCAGAAAAUCGUGCAGCUAGGUGUAGCCUUGUCUGAAGUGGAGGAUGGAGCCCAGAGUGUUGUGUUGUACUACACCGACCCGGAAACAAGAGGUAGGACCCAAGAAGCGGCGUCGUUCAAAAUGGGAGACAUGACUGGAAGAUGGGCAAGGUUUACCCUCACCGUACAAGGUGCAGAGGUGCGUCUCUACAUGGAUUGUGAGGAAUACCACAAAGUGGCCUUCACCAGGAGUGCUCGGUCACUCACCUUUGAACCCAGCUCGGGGAUCUUUGUGGGGAAUGCUGGCGGCACGGGCCUCACCAGGUUUGUGGGCUCCAUCCAACAGCUGGUGCUGAAGUCCGACCCCUCUGCUCCAGAUGACCAGUGUGAGGAGGACGACCCAUAUGCUUCUGGCUUCGGGAGCGGAAAUGAAGAUUAUGAUGGCCCAAAUGAAAUAGAGGAAGUAAAGAAGAUUGUGGAGGAGAGAGAAUAUACCAUGCCUUUUCCAGACCUGGAUCCAACUUACGGCGUCCCGGUCCGAGCUCCGCCCACCGACGUCCCGCUCAGUGAUGAUGAAGACUUUCAGGAGUCUUCUGGAGAAGAGGAAACAACCACAGAGAAAGCGACACCGCGUCCGACCAGCGCCCCUGCCCUUGAGCCUGACGCUGUGUUUAGAGGACAAAAAGGGGAACGAGGAGAACCGGGUCCCGCUGGGCCCCCGGGACCUCCUGGCUCCCCAGGAGGAUUCUCUGGUGAGGGAAGGGAACCUGGACCGAGAGGUCCACAAGGACCACUGGGAUCAUCAGGACCUCCAGGACCUCCUGGAAAAGAUGGAGAGCCUGGACGCACAGGUGAUCACGGUCCUCCAGGUCCAGCAGGAUUCCCUGGACUCCAAGGAGAACCUGGUCCCAAAGGAGAAAAGGGUGAUCCUGGUUUCGGUCGUCCUGGUCCUCCAGGGCCUCCGGGACCUCCUGGACCUCCUAGCAAGUCUUCCAUGAUCCUGCAGGAAGGUUCUGGAUUUGAAGACUUUGACAGCGAUACAGAGAUUAUCAGGGGUCCUCCAGGUCCUCCAGGACCUCCAGGGCUGCCUGGGCGUCCAGGAACCCAGUCUGCAGAUGUUGUUGCGGGACCUCCUGGGAAAGAUGGAAAGGAUGGAGAGAGGGGUGAACCGGGACUGCCUGGAGUCGAUGGAAGAGAUGGAGAUCCGGGGCUUCCUGGCAGGAAGGGAGACCAGGGGGAGCCUGGAGUGAGCGGGCGGCUAGGACCAAAGGGAGAUCAGGGUCCACCCGGGUUUCCAGGUAUGCCGGGGUCACCGGGUCCAGAGGGGCAGCCUGGUCCCAGGGGUCCUCCUGGCCCUCCUGGGCCCCCGGGACUCUCAGGAAGAGGCUUCAUCAGGUCGUUUGAGGACCUCGAAGGAUCUGGGAUGUCGGAUGAUUUCGGAUCCUUGGUUGGUCCACAGGGACCUCCUGGACCUGAAGGACCGAAGGGUAAAGACGGUUCCGACGGCCUCCCAGGAAAGCCGGGGCAGAAGGGGGAGGUGGGCAUCAAAGGACCUCCUGGGACUCCGGGUUUGGAUGGACUCAAAGGGGAACAGGGUCAGAAGGGGGUUAAAGGAGAUCCGGGACAAAAGGGAGAGGCAGGACGAGAUGGGCUCAGUCUACCUGGCCUCCCAGGACCACCUGGACCACCAGGACCCCCCAUCAACCUCCAGGAUCUUCUGCUUAAUGCUACAGAUGGUGCCUUCAAUGUCUCAGGAAUUUUAGACUUUCAGGGAUCUGCUGGACCACAGGGUCCAAAAGGGGACAUCGGGCUCCCGGGUUUACAAGGACCUGCAGGGCUUAAAGGCGAGAGAGGUGAGCCAGGAGUUGUGAUCGCAGCAGAUGGAUCCUUGAUGUCAGACCGGGCUGGACCAGUGGGGCCCAAAGGAACCAAGGGAGAUCGAGGCAUUCCUGGAGCUUCCGGAGUUCAGGGACCCGUUGGACCAGCAGGACCCAAGGGAGAAUUUGGUUUCCCUGGACGACCAGGUCGUCCAGGCCUGCUGGGACGUAAAGGAGAGAAGGGGGACCCCCAAGGCCUGCCGGGACCUCCUGGCCCUCCUGGGCCCCCAGGCCAUCCAGGAAUAUUCAACUGUCCCAAAGGAACCGUGUUCCCCGUUCCUCCCAGACCCCACUGCAAAAUGCCCUCCAUCUAUGGCGCGGUUCCUAAAUACUCCUGCAUGCUGCAUGUCGCCACUGGGAAGGUGAAGGCUCUAUGCAGAGAACUAACGGAGCUUGAUUCUAAAGGAGCUGUUGCAACAGGUUAUUGCCUUCAAGGACCAAAAGGAGAAAAGGGGGACCGAGGUCUUCCAGGGUCACAAGCUUCCAUCAACUCUUAUUUUUCCAGAGGAGGCUGGGAGUCGAGGGGUGACAAGGGUAGCAGAGGGGAGAAGGGAGAAAAGGGGGAGGCUGGGUUUCCAGGACAACCAGGCGUUCCAGGGAGAUCAGGACUGGUGGGACCUAAAGGGGAAUCUGUACUUGGUCCUCCAGGAAAGCCCGGAACACCAGGUCCACCUGGUGUUCCUGGCUAUGGUAGACAAGGUCCUACUGGCCCACCGGGACCACCAGGUCCUCCAGGGCCUCCUUUAUUUCCAUCUAGAUAUGGUUCAGCUCUGACCGUCGCUGGUCCACCUGGACCUCCAGGACCACCUGGACCUCCUGGUAUUUUAAGAAACUCAGCCGCUCUGAGAACCUUUCCCACUCGGGAGAGUAUGAUGCAGCAAACCCUGCGGGAUGAAGAGGGAAGUCUGGCGUUCGUUAAAGCAACAGGAAGUCUCUUCCUGAAGGUUUCCCAGGGAUGGAAGGAGAUACAGCUUGGAAAUCUGAUCCACCUCUCCAGUAACAUCAUACCCCAAGAUGAGCCUCAGUUUGCGUAUCAAGCAAGAGGAGAGACUAUGCAACGAGUCCGUUCAGCGAGUGAAAGGCUGACCCUGGUGGCCCUGAACCAGCCUCACUCUGGGAACAUGAUGGGACUCGACACGGUGGAUCGGAUGUGCUACGAGCAGGCUAAAGCCAUGGGUCUGCCUCCAAACUACCGAGCCUUCAUUUCCUCCAACAAACAAGACCUGGUCCAUGUGGUCUAUCCUGGCUUCAGGGAAACGCUGCCAGUAACCAACCUCAGGGGAGAUGUGAUGUUUAGGAACUGGCGCUCAAUAUUCAGCGGUGACGGCGGGCCAAUCAGUACCAGGAUACCCAUCUAUUCCUUCGAUGGCCGGGAUGUUUUAGCCGACCCGUUCUGGCCUUCAAAAAGCAUCUGGCACGGCUCGACCAGCAGAGGUGUAAGAGUGGUCGACAAACACUGCGAGACGUGGCAAGCGGAUGAUUUCCCCGUCAUGGGUCAGUCAUCCAGCCUGACCUCAGGUCUGCUCCUGGGCCAGCAGACACGAAGCUGCUCCAACCAGUACAUCGUCCUCUGCAUCGAGACCCACAGAAACUCCUAAAUCUGCCACAGAAUCCAGCUUAAGCCCUGCAAAUCCUGAAGGACUCCAGGGAUAAAUUUAAGGACUUGAGCUUUAGAAAAUCUUUGGUGCUAUGUCUUUUUUUUUUUUUAAACAAUGUCACCUCUGGAUUUUCUUUUAAAAGAGGACUUUAGGACAAGAAGAAGUGACUUUAGCUGCAAAAUGACAAAACUCUGUCAUCAAGACAAUACAAAAUAACAGAUUGCUAUUUUUUCCUGCAGCCACAAAAGUAAGCUGAGGGUAAGACUUUAUUAUUUUAAGAUUGAUGGUAGAAAGAGAGGAUGGCUGCUGGAUUCUGCACCUAAAUAUGGUGGUCCAAAGACUUUUUGCUGCAGGCUUUGGUUUGUUUGCAGGUUGUCUUGGAGGUUUUAAGCAUAUAUAAAUAAGAAAGGAAUGGUCUACUUUAGUCCGAGCUUUCUGCAACUUGUCCAAAAAUAAUGAGACCAGACAUCCUGAAAGGCCACCAAAAUCCUUUUUGAUGCACUGUAUUUUUUAAAAAUGAUCUUUUCAACAUUUUUUGAAAGUGUUGUUUCUGUCGUAACUUUUACAUUGGUGAGAUAUUUCCUCUCAUCAGCUUUAUCUCGUCUGCUUAUUUAAUUUAAGCUCAGCAAUUUAUUUAUAAUGUCACACCACAUAACCUAAAUUCAAAAGAAAGAAAUUAAGAAUGUAAUAUAUCAUUUGUCUGUUUCCUUUCACAAUUUUUCUCAUGUUUGUUUUUUGGUUGUCCUUUUUUAAAUUAAAGUCCUUUAUGAAUGUCAACAUAAGUAUAAAUAAAGUUCCACCAGGGAUUAUGGACACUUAAAAUCAAGCAAUACAGAAAUGAAAAGGUUUUGUAAAAGUUUUGUAUAAAUAUUUGUGCUUUCUCGAAUAAAAUUAUCUUUUUUCA